AGACUUUCAAUCGAAAUUGGAAAUAUAUAAAUUUGUGAGUGCGACUCGAGAUCGAAUGUCGAUGUCGUCAUCGACGUCGAUAGCAAAUUUGUUUUUCUCCUGUUUGUAGUUGUGGCUAAACUCGGUUCUGCUUUUUGUCUUUCAUUUCGUACAGGGCGCACCUCGCGACUCUUCCACCUCAGUAACACUGCAAAGCAUAUCCCUCACCGCCGAGGCUAAAAUGCAGGACAAUCCAUUCUAUCACAUGUUUCGAUACACCUUUUGGGAUCUGGGGUUCAAUAGGGAAGGAGAAGACGACGGGAUGUUUGACGGCGCCCCCGUAGAAGUUUAUGCGGAUACCGUCGUGCAGGAUCUCUUUGAGCUGGACGUGCCAGAAAUCGAGUCCGACGCCACGUUGGUCUUAAAUGUUUGGAUGGCGGCGGUAAAUGGUGUGUUCCAGGCCCUGGCACACUGCAAGGCGAAAGAUACCGAUGCCGGACUUGCUGCCCUGGAUACGUCAGCGGCAUUGUGGAUUGGAGUCGGACAGGAGGACGGAUCGAACGAAAAGGGGCACCUACUCUACAACAUGGCAGAAAAUGCUGGGGAGCGGUUUGAUCAGGACAACGGGGAAACCCAUGUGAAUACACUGGUGAUCGACGGCUUGUUGAAAAUGCAAACAGCGCUGCAGGAAGGUGCCUGUAACACGACACCUAGCUCCGAAGUGUACAAAAAAUUACGGACAACGGUUCAACGGCUCACUGGAACCAUGACGAUCCCUCUAGUUCAGAACCUUAUCCACCACACGCUCAACACCGUAAACGAGGGGGGAUCGGAUAUGGUGGAAUUGUAUGCCCUAGGACUUCUCCCACGCGUUGCCACAUGUGAUCCACACGCAUUUGAAACACUCCUGGCCCUUGAUGUUCUGAAUGAUCUGAAACCAGGCGAUGAGGAUCUAGCCGUCGAAGCCAUUCAAAAGGCAUAUUCAUGUCUUGGAGUGACCUGUGAAGACGUGGGUAGUUACAUGGGUGGUGUAGUUCCUACUUGUCGCGACGACAGUAGAGAAACCACGGUAACACGUGGCGGAUACAAAGCGAUAUCGGAAGGCUCUCUUAGUAAGGCGAACAUCGAUCGAGAUAUUCUCCAAAUCGAUGUCUUUUUGAAAUACAACGCAAAUGAUUUGGCCUUUGACUGGUAUUCGCACGGCUGGAAUUCCGAUGUCAGCCUCCAGCUUUUGGCUACAAACAAGUUCGUUCCGGAGCUCGCAGAUUCUCAAUACCCUUACUUUUCUCUUUAUUCGGAUUACUAUGGAGAUGGAUCUUUUCUAGACGAAAGGAUCAACAAUAUUUUGAAAAGGGGCGACGUUUUCUAUCCAGACUCGAUAGAGCAAAUACGAAAAGGCGUCACCAGUCUCCUGGAAUAUGUCGUUAUGUUUCUGGCCAUAGCGGAUUCAAUGAAAUAUGCCGUUGUUGAGUGCUCAAACGGCAACCAAGAAGUUGCCAGAAAAUACGUGGAUGCAGGAGCCAUGUUUUACAUCGGUUCCAUGGAGGGUGUCGAUAUCAAUUCAAGUCGGUUCCAAAACGGCAAGUCCCUUUUUGCCAUGGCCCACGAUAUGUGCACCAUCUUUGGCACUUGUGUCGAUAACGGAAACGAUGCAGGAUCGGCGGCAGUCAACGAGCUGAUUAUUGCUUCGUUCACCAUUGCUGUCGAUAACAUCGAGUCCCUGGAUUGUGCAGAAGUUGCAUCGUUGGUCGAUACCACUAUUUUGCCAGCAAUUUCCGUGCCGCUGAUUCAGGGGGUUCUGAAGUACGCUUCUUCCAACGAAAACCUCCCCGUGGGAACAGACGAUGCCGAUCUAGCUGUUGGAGAUGCACUUUCCCGUGGUAUUCUGCCUCUGGUAAACGAUGUAUCGCCCAAAAGUGCGGACACCAUCAAGUCUCAAAUGGAGUACCAACUCACUACCCAACCCGUAGAAAAGGGCUUCGAAUCUGUUGUGAACGCAUUUCGGGGAGAGACACUAUCGCUCAUGGGAAUCGAUUGUUUCGAUAUCGGAGUCCUCGCCACCAAGCCAAUUGUCGGAGCCAUGUGUGGAGAUGGUGUGAACAGGCCUCCGGACACGCCUAAUGCAAUCCCCACCGAGCUUGGUUUUGGGAGAUACAACUUUUCGGACCCAGUUGCUGCCUCUAGGGAUGCUGCCUUUGCCUUGGAUGUUCGAGAUAUGUUUCACGCCACCACAAUCACUGCUGGGUCGCUGGUUUACACAGGAGGAGCCAAUGCACUAGCAGCAAAUGUAUUCGGCAAUGCCGUUGAUGGGACGCCCUCUCUGGCUUCGUUGAGCACCCUUGCUUCUCUCCCCAUGAGUGACGACCCACUGUUCAGCAUUUACAAAUAUGCUCUCUACAAAGACUCGGAUUUCGAGGCGUUGUCCGGCGAAAACUUUGCCUAUGCCAACGAUGUUGUAAUGGAGGCUCUGAAGAAUGGAGAAGAUUCGAAGCUUGCGGCGGAAUCGACAGUGAUUCUCCAGGUAUUCAUGGUCAUUGCUCACAAGCUCUAUUCUGCUGUACGCGUAUGCGACGAGGGGGUUUCUGCAGAAUCAGAGAUUGAUUCAGCUGUUGCACUCUGGAUUGGCAACAACCAACGAGAGGGCAGAUUCGAAGAUGGGUGGAUGAUGUACUCUAUCGGGCAGUCAGUUCAUAAAUUUUUUGGAUACCCUGAGGGGGAGGCUCCUGUGAAUUCGAAGGUUAUGGAUCUUUUCCUACACGCUCAAACGGCUGCAAAAGGCUGUCCGAAUAGCUCUGAUUCUGGGAAGAUGGGACGCCCUUCUCACCAGUCAACAAAACUUAGAUAUCUGUCCCAGCAGAUCAUACGCAUGAUGACCCAACCGUUGAUAAAGUCAUUACUCUUUCACAUGAUUAAGAAUAGCAAAAAUAUGGUGGAACUCUACGCAGUUGCAGCACUUCCGCAAUGCGCUGCCUGUGACCCCGAAGCAUAUAGAGGCCUCCAAGGAGCGCUUUUCAGUGGGUACGACCGGCAAACCUCUCUUACGGAGGACGUAUUGGAUCACAUUGCCACAUUCCUCAGGUGCCAAGAAAUCACGUGUGAUCAUAUUCGAACAGGAAGUGACGCCGAUGAAUUUUUGGUAGACCUCGCGAAACAACUGUGCAAACGAUUGGGAGAAGAUUCAGAUUCCGACGAACCGCUUGCUAGCUACACCCCCCAAUAUUCGGUGAAAGAAGAAGCUCGUUUGGAUUUAGAUGCACUCGAGAUGUCUAUCAUGAUGCAGACUCGAGCCUACGGUGCUGCGAAAGACAUUUACGUGUCUGGUCACAAUUCAAAUUCUCACGACGGCUCAACGCUGGCAUCAUUCGCGAAAGCGCCGAAUCAGAAAAUCUCGGUUGACAAUAUUGUUACCCAAACCAUUAACAAGACAGACCAAUACUCUGCAGUAACAAGGACAGAGUCGACGGAAAUCAUUAAGCGCUCAUUGCAGAGUAUGGUGUCUCUCAACGCUGUUUUGGCUCAGAUGAAAUCGUCAUUGGAUGAAUGUAAUAAUGGAUCUGUUGAAAAAGCAAGGGAAGAAUGGGAUAGAGCGGUCGCAUAUUUUGUUGGGUCGAUGGAAGGACAUCUGGCAGGCGGCAAAACAGAUAGCCACGGGGUUUGGUUGUAUGCUCUUGGCAAUGAAUUUUGUAAUGACUUUAGUACCUGCGAAACAUCUGGCGAGGCUACAGUCAAUCAACAACUUAUGUUCAACUUUGCGAGUGGCAGGGAUUCCUUGGUCGAUGGUGAAUGCAAUCAUUUGAACAACUUAGUUCCAGAUGCUAUCACUCCAAAAUUGUUGGUUCCUAUCAUUCAGGGUGUGAUUGGCUCUUCAAUUAAGAUUGGAGAUAAUCCAGAUCCUGACGUGUUGGCAACGGUUCAUAUUUUGUCGCAAGCGAUCAUUCCAUACAUUCAACCAAUUAAUCCAGAAAGUGCAGCACUUUUGAAGGAUGCAUUUGGCUCAUUUUCGAGCAUAUCGACGGCACCAGUAGUAUCAAACAUUGUAGAGGCCUUCACCAAUGUUUUAGAUGGCCUCGGCAUUCCAUGUGAUACGAUUGGGAAUCCCAUGGGCUACACUUUAUGUGUCACAAGUUUCAACGAAGAUACCCCCACAAAUCUUGCUGACAACCUGUACGUUACUACAACGUACGUUCAAGACAGAGCAGACAUAGCACUUGAUAUAAAAGACAUGGCCGAAGCACUAUCUGAAGGAACUAUCGAGCUCGCUCAGCUUAUUUACAGGAAGGGGAAAAAUUCAGAAAAAUUUGAUGAGGACGGGAAAUUCCUUCACACUAGGACGAUAAAAGAAUUUUCUACGACAUCUACAGCCGAUAUGCUAGAUGAGCCAGAGUUCAAUAUGUUCAUGUACACGUUGAAUAAUCAGCUCUAUGCAGACUCUCUGGUAGAGGAAGCUAUGGCUAAUUCGAAAGUUGGAAAUUCUGAAGUUGCAACGGAAGCCGCUAUAGUCCUAAAUCUAUGGAUGGAAAUUGUUCAUCUGAUGCACGAGACACUUCGAGCAUGUAAGAAUAAGCAAUUACGAGACGAUGACGGUGUUUUCCUCAUGGAUGCCGCUGUCGCAUAUUGGAUUGGGGAUGGUCAGAUUGCUGGCGAUGGUGACAAUGGGCAUCUUUUAUAUGCAUUAUCAGAGAGAUACGGUGAAACUUUCAACAUUGAUAAUGGUGGCCAAUCUAGGACUAAUACUAACAUUUUGAGACUUUUCAACGAAGCAAAGAAUGAAAUUUCUCUACCAAAUGCAUGUUCAGAGAACAAAACGACCUACAAAAGGCUUCGAGGAAUCACUAAUCGACUAAUUCCCCAGAUGGCUGUUCCAUUGAUUCAAGGAUUGAUUGCCAGUUUAAGGGAAAAUGAUCGAGAGCGGGUCAAAAUUUACUCUCAUGCUUUCAUUCCAUUGCUAGCUGGGUGCCGUUUGAAUAUUUACGAAUCUUUGAAAGAUAAGUUACUCUCGAAUAAAGAUUACAACGUUGUGGACGUCGAGCUCAUUAUAGAUCUGAUCAGGCAAUCUUUUGAUUGUCUUGGACUGAAAUGUGAUGAUAUUGGUGUACACACUCUAGAAGAAGACGAUGGUGCCCCAAAAUGCAAAGAUCCUGACUUUGAUGCUAGUCUUGCCGGUUAUAGACCGGCGAGUGAUGUGCGCGACGUAAGUACUCCUUUGCAGUGUAUUGACCAUUUAUCAGACUUUUUCCUGAAUGGAUGACCUCAUCAUGCUUGUUUUUUCUUGCCCCCAUCACAGUACGCGCGGUUGGACCUUGACAUGCGUGAAAUGGAUGUUCUCCUUCAAAUGGAAGCGUAUGGCGCUGUUGAUGAACUUUACACAUAUGGCAAGCACGCAAGAGGCGCGACUGGUGUAGUUACUAGUAUUGGGCAAUUGGCUACAACGAAACAUAGAUCGAUAGUGCCUGAGUUUGAUGCCUUUACUCAGUACUACUCGAAAGAUACUUUCGCAGAUGAUAUAGUUCGCGCGGCUCUCGAUCCUCUGCAAGAUCAUUGGACGGACGGACAGCGUCGGACCGUUGUUCUGAAGGCAUCUCAGGUAUUGGUGAUGUAUUUUGCUGCCUUGCAAAAUGCAUACGAAGCUGUCACAGAUUGCGAUGUUCAAAGCAUUGACUCUUCUGGACCAAGUAAUUCAUGGGAUCGGGCUGCAGCUAUUGUGAUAGGAAGUCUUGAGGGUACAAAGAAGAAUGGUACCACCGAAGGCUACAUGCUUUAUAACUUGGCG